CAUUAAGGAAAGCAUCACUACCUCCAGAUCUCAAAGAGCAUCUUAACACACCAAAGAAGCCUUUCCAGACGCAGAGAUGCUUCUCUCCGUCCUUCUUAUCCUGGGCCUCAGCCUGGUGCCCAGCUACUCCAAACCAACAGGGGAAGGACUUGGAAGUCCUUUUCUUCAGCAAUGCUUUAAAGAAGCAAAGAAAAUAGUGGAUGAUGCCUACAAAUACUCCAGAGAAGAGAGUCUCAGACGGGUCCGUAAGGAAGUGGUGCGGCCGCAUGAUGCUCUUCGUCUCUUGAAGCAGCCCCGGGGUGACACUCGUUCAGCUGUGCGCUCUGCUGAUUACAUGGAACAGACUCUCCGUUUGGUCCAGGAAAAAGCACAUCGUGUGCACAAGCGCUCCCUGAAUGCAACAGAUUUGCUCACAGAAGAAGAUUUGAAAGAACUUGCAAGGAUAACUGGAUGUGAGGCCCGAAUCAGGGAUCCUCCAUGUCAUACCACCCCAAAUAUCAACAAGUACCGUACAGCCACCAGUGUCUGCAACAACCUAAAAAACCCUCGCCUUGGAGCGGCCAACACCCCAUUUACCCGCUGGCUGCCUUCUGAGUACGACGACGGCAUCUCUCAACCCAAAGGAUGGGACAGAAACCGCAAAUUCAACAACUUCUUGCUCCCUCUGGUACGACAGGUGUCCAACAACAUCCUGAGUACCACAGACGCAGGCGUCGUAAAUGACACUGAGUACAGUCACAUGGUGACCUUGUUUGGCCAGUGGAAUGACCAUGAUCUCACUUUUACACCAUUCUCGCCUAGUAUCCGCUCCUUUAGCAAUGGUCUGAACUGUGAUGAGAGUUGUGAGCAGAGUGAGCCAUGCAUCCCUAUCCCGAUCCCCAAAGGAGACCCCCGUAUUCCUGAUGGCCCAAACAACUGCAUUCCAGCCUUUAGAUCCGCCCCUGCCUGUGGAACAGGUUACUCUGCCUAUAAUUUUGGUGGAGAGCCCAGCAAGAGGGAGCAGAUCAACUCCCUAACAGCCUUUCUUGAUCUGGGGCAAGUGUAUGGCUCAGAUGAGAAGCUUGCCCUGAACCUUCGCAACCUCACCAGCGAUGAUGGCCUGAUGCGAGUCAACACCGAAUUCAGAGACAACGGGCGUGAGCUCCUGCCCUUCCACUCCAUGCAGGUGCAAAUGUGCGCCACUCGCAGAAAAAUCACCAACGAUACCAACGCCAGGGAGGUCCCCUGCUUUAUCGCAGGUGAUGGCCGUGUGGAUGAGAACAUUGCCCUGACAUCCCUUCACACUCUGUUCAUGCGUGAACACAACCGUUUGGCCCGUCAGCUGAAACGGCUCAACCCACACUGGGACAGUGAGACACUCUACCAAGAGGCCCGCAAGAUCACGGGUGCUUACACCCAGAUGUUUGUCUUCAGGGACUAUCUGCCUCACAUUGUUGGUCCAGACGCAAUGCGCAAUCAGCUGGGACGUUACCCUGGCUACAACCCUAAUGUUGACCCCAGCAUCGCUAAUGUUUUUGCAACAGCAGCUUACCGUUUUGCUCACCUGGCAAUCCAGCCAGUUUUGUUCCGACUGGACACUAACUACAGAGAGCAUCCUCGCUUCCCCAGUGUCCCCCUGUAUGAGGCUUUCUUCACCCCAUGGAGAGUCAUCUUUGAGGGUGGAGUCGACCCUUUGCUGCGGGGUCUGAUGGGCCGUCCUGCUAAACUGAACACCCAGGAUCACAUGAUGGUGGAUGCUCUCAGGGAGAGGUUGUUCCAGUUUGUCAUGCACCUGGCUUUGGAUCUGGGUUCUCUGAACAUGCAAAGGAGUCGUGAUCAUGGCCUGCCUGGCUACAAUGCAUGGCGCAAGUUCUGUGGUCUGUCCCAGCCAAGGAACCAGGCCCAGCUGGCUCAGGUUUUAGGGAAUGCUGAGCUGGCUCGUAAGCUGCUUCAACUCUACGGGACCCCUGAAAACAUUGAUGUUUGGCUUGGAGGUGUCGCAGAGCCAUUUGUGCCUGGCGGCCGUGUGGGGCCUCUUUUCGCCUGCCUCAUUGCAACUCAAUUCCAGAAGAUCCGUCAGGGUGACAGACUUUGGCACCAGAACCCCGGCGUUUUUACAAUAAGGCAGAGGCAGGCUUUGUCCGCUGUUACACUCUCCAGAGUGAUCUGUGACAACACCGGCAUCACAUCCGUGCCUGCUGAUGCUUUCAGCAUCAUCUCAAAUAGAAACCGUUUGGUGCAGUGCUCCGGUCUGCGUCGCCUGGACCUGUCGGCAUGGAGGGAGACAUCCUGUGGCUUUGGUGAGAAAAGCAGCUUUUUCAUCCCGCAGAGAAACAUUGUCAUAUACUUGAUAUAUACAUGAUGCGUGUUUUAUUUU